AUGAUAAUAAAGCAUGAAUCGCCAAAUAACGGCAUUGUAAAUUUCAAUUCAACCCUAAAUAAAUAUGAAUUUUAUUACCCAUGUGAAAACUAUUCUGUUUGCUCUCCAUAUAAUAUAACCCUUGGGCCCGGAUAUUAUUAUCUUGAAGCUUAUGGAGCUUCACGAGGAGAUCAUAUUAAAGAGGGGCGGACAGCUCGAGGAGGAUAUGGAGGCUAUGCUGCCGGUGUUUAUCGAGUAUCGAGUUUAAAGAAAAUAUAUUUACAUAUUGGCGGGCAUGCUGAUUUAGAUACAUCUCAGUCCAUAAUUUAUCGAAAUAUUUACAAUGGUGGUUCAUACGGAGUAAAUAAUUUAGAUGCUCCCGGUGGUGGCGCCACAGAUUUUAGAGAAAAAUCAGGAGUUUGGAAUGAAACUAAUUCGUUGUAUUCAAGAAUAGUAACGGCAGGUGCAGGGGGCGGUGGUAGAGUUGAAUAUAAUAUUUGCAAUGGCGGUAAUGGCGGCGGCUUAAAUGGCCAACCCGGUCAAGGUAUGAUUUGCUCAUCUCAAUUUGGAACCCAAGAUGGAAGCUCUCCAACCACAUGCACUUCUGGAGUUUACUAUAGUGCUGGAACGUUUGGUUGUGGAGGUCUGCCUGUUUGGACAGGUGCUGGUGGCGGCUGGUACGGCGGUGGCGCUGUUGAGAGAGGUGGGGGCGGUGGCGGUAGUGGCCAUACGCAAAAUGUCAUAAGUUAUGGUAGUUUUGAAAUUAAAAAUGAAUUUUCGGAUAAUAUCGGGUAUGGUCGAGCGUCAAUAACAGUAAUUAAGCUGUUUGAUGUAUCGCAAAAUAUAAGGCUAUGCUUCAACAUCCAGAUCCUUCAUGCUUUUAUGACUAUUUUAAUAUCUUGA